CCUAAGAAUUUGAGUUUUUAUUUAUUUAUUUAUGGGAUGUUACUCCACUCUCUUUCAUCGUCGACGAGAAGCUCAGAAACAGAAUCGGCCGCCAAGUUCGCCUCUGUUCUGCCGUCUACCACCAUCUUCUUUCUCCUUUCCUGCUGUGGGUCGAACAUGAAUUGGCUGAAUGCUGGGUUAGAAAUUGAACCUGAAUCAGACCAGCCUCUGAAUGGGCAAUGGUUGAAGGGCAUUUGAUAUAAUAACUUGGAGAUUAAGGCUUAUUGAACAAGUACAACCCUAAUCAGUCGGCCAGUUUCGAGGAUGGUUGCAUGGAUGGGGAUCAGUUGAAGUAACCAUAGAUGGAACAAGAAUCAGAAGGAUCCAUGGUUCAGGAUGGGAGCAAUGUUGAGUCUAACCCAGAGAGUUUAGAUCGUGUAGGAAAGGUGAGAAGGCUGUUGUUCCGUCGAAUGCUCAUAGGUAUUAAAGAUGGAAGGUUUUUCUUGGGCAGCUUUUACUGCAUUGACAAGCAAGGAAAUAUUAUCCUCCAAGAUGCAGUAGAGUAUCGUAGCACUCGGCAUAGCUCGCCUUCUCCAAUGGAACAACGGUGCCUUGGUCUUAUUCUUAUACCCAACUCUUGCCGUGUAUCUUGUCAUAUAGAUAGUACCAUUGAUGAAAAAUUGGCACUGCUAUCAGUUUAGCAAAUAAGAUCAAACCUGAGUUUAUGAGGGGAUGAAAAAAAAUCUGCAUACUUGUUUGAUGAGAAUGUUUAUGACUGUUUCUAUUACUACAGAAAAAUAGUAAAACAAUAUGAUGUUUUUGGUAGAAACAUGGGAUUAGGAAAUACGUUUUAUUUCCCUUGAUAGACUCUGAA